AUGUCGCGUAGAGGGUACGGUUCCAAUUGGCAGGGCGCCCACAAUCCCAACAUGGCGCCUCUACCACAAAGACCGCGCGGCGGCAUCGGCAGCUCCAACCAUCCCGCCCACAGUCACUCUGCCUCUCCUCGCUCUGGCUACGAUAGCCCCAACAUGCGCAGCACGCCCUACCACGAUACUCGUAGCCCCGCCUACGAUCACGCCUCCACCUCGGCAGCAUCAUCUUCUGGUCCCGAAGUCGCAACCACCCUCUUUGUCGGCAGCAUCUCGCCCGGCAUCUCCGACUCUUGGCUCACUCAGCUCCUCGAGGCCUGCGGCCACCUUCGCUCGCUCAAGCGUGCAUCCAAAGCAUUCGGCUUUGCCGAAUACGCGGACCCAGAUUCGGUGCUGCGUGCGAUAGAGGUUCUGCAGGGGCGAGAGCUGCCGUCCAUGGGAGCAGAGGCAUCGGCUCCACCGAAAAAGCUGCUGGUGAAGGCGGAUGAAAAGACAAAGCGCUUCUUGGAAAGAUACCAGCAAACUCGUGUCGCUUCCUCCGAUGAUCAAGCCAGGCAGAGCCGCGCCUUGUCGGCGGUGAAGGACAUUGUGCGGCAGAUGUCGGAUCCCAACGCGCGAAUCGAAACGGAUCCUUCCAAGCCCGGCUACGUCGUUCCAGAUCACCUGAAGGAUCUACCGCCCGAGGAACUGCCCGAGGAUCAGCGAGCCACCGUGCUCGGCGAGAUUGAGCAAUUCCGUCAAGCCGCUGCUGCAAGAGACGCAGAGACAAGGAGAAGGGAAGCAGAGUACGAGAGACAGAGAGCCGUCGAACGAGCCAGGCGCGAACACUUGGAAAACACCGCUUCAGCAUCAACGUCCCGCAACGGCCGACCAAACGAGGAUCCGCAGAGCUACCGCAAACCAGUCGAUUUCCACGCUGCCGGUGCUUACGACGCCCACGCAGACGCCGCACGCGAACCCGAAGACCUCGACGAACUGCAAGAGCAGCAACGUCGGGAACGCAAGAAAGCCGCUGCACAAGCUGCUGCCGCCGACGCAGAGAGGGCGUACAUGGUCCGCGAACGUCAACGCCUCGCACACUGGGAGAAGGAGCAAGACAGGCAGCAGGCCGAAGCUGAAAAGUGGCAACGAGAGGGAGUCGCCAUGCUCAGGAGAUAUGAGGACUGGGACGACGACACGGCCACCCGCAAGGAGCUCUUCUACACGGAUCGACAUCGAUGGCGCCAAUUCCGUGCAUCUGCGAGGCGAAGGGAACAGGAGGCGGAUGAUCAGGACCGUGCGGCUGAAGCUCAGGAAAAGCAACGUGCACAGCAGGAGACCGAAGACUUUUUGGCUUUGCAAGCAGCAGAAAUGGCCAAGUUGACGCAACAGCAGCGCGCAGCAGGCGUCUUGGUGCAGGAGAAAGGUGGAGCCCUUGCACCGAUCAAGCUCAACUUUGCCGGUAUCAGCAAGAACGACUCUUCGGCAGACGGCGCAACCGGUGCCGCAUCGACGGCAACGAACGGCACUGGUGCGCAUCACGCUGCUGCAGCUGGACCCGGAUCAAUCGUCAAGCCUGGUACAGCGGUAUUGGGUGAAGCAGAGGAAGAAGAUUCGCGCAAGAAAUCCGGUCGCCUCACGCACAUCAAGCUCGAAUCCGAUCUUUCCGAGCAGGACAAGGCGCGCAAGAUGGCAGAGAUCGCACAAAGCUUGCCCUCUGCUAGCGGAGAAUUGUUCGAGCGAUCGCCCGAAUGGGAUUACGUGGAUGAGCAGUUGAUCCAGUCCAAGUACAGGCCUUGGGUGGACGCCGAGAUCGAGGACAGUCUGGGGGAGAAGGUGGAGGAACUGGUGAUGGUGGUCGUCGAGGCGCUGCAGAAGAGGUCGAGUGCGGCGAAGCUGGUGGACCAGGUUGAGCCGGUAAAUUCUUUCUCCUUUGCCCUGGUUUUUGGAGGAUAG